UGCACGGCACCUCACGGCCCCCUCCUGUUGCUGCUGCUCCUGCGGUUGUCAUGGUGCCUCAUGGAGCUCGGCUCGGCUGGCGGACGUUGAGCGUCUAGUCGCCGGGGAAGGAAGGAAAGAAGGGAGGAACGGGGGGGGCUUGGCUUCGAGCCUCCGCGAUGCCUGGGCAGGAUUAAGUUUCACGGUCGCCUGCGCGUGUGUGUAUCCUGCAGCUUUUCUCUCCGGGCCGUUACUUCAGAGCCAAAGAAAGCGUAGGUAGGGGGUGGGUGGGUAUAGAAGAGGAGGCAGCAGCAACCCGAGGCUUCACCUCAAAGGCUAAGCAAUUGCCCGCUGCCUCCGUCCACACGCCCUGGGGUGCGGGACUCCGCAGCUCCAUUGGGGGAAAGGGAGGACAGCAGCAGGGCUCCAGGGGAGGGGGGCCGCCACCGUCGCCGCCUCCGCUGCUGCUGCUGCUGCUGCUGCUUCUCGGAAUGCAGAAGCGGCGUGGAAGCUCCGCCCGGGGCGAGCCUUCUCAUCCGCCCGGCGCUCGCUUUUGUUCCCGCCGGCUGCUGCUGCUGCUGCUGCUGGAAGACCUUAUAUUAAUUAACAUCUGGUGAAGUGGGAAUUAAGCAAAAGCCAUGUUGGAAACAAUUGAUAUUCACCGAGCCCUCCAGGCAGUAGAACGCCUGCAAGCAAAAUUACGAGAACGUGGUGAUUCAGCAAAUGAGGAGAAAUUAAGUUUAUUAAAAUCAGUACUGCAGAGUCCUUUAUUCAAUCAAAUCCUAAACCUACAAGCUUCUCUUCCACAGUCACGAGAUCAGGUGAACCUUGCACCUUCCAUCUCCUCAUCUGGUGAGCACCUGCAGCUUUCCCAUCAUGGUAGUGUUGUGGGCUCCUCACUACACAAUGACUCCUACUUGAUGGCUCAAGAGAACAGUAGCCCUUCUAAUGGGCUAGGAAUUGUUCUCCAGUCGAUCACUCCUCAGAUUAAUGGAAAGCCUGCAAGUGAUGAAUUUGAACUACUGAUCAGAAAUAUGGCACAGGGUCGACUUGUUGAGACAAUAGAACUUUUAAAACCUCUAAGUGGUGGGCUUGGUUUUAGCGUAGUUGGCCUGAAGAGUGAAUAUAGAGGUGAACUUGGUAUAUUUGUACAGGAGAUUCAAGAUGGAAGUGUGGCACAAAGGGAUGGCAGAUUGCAGGAAGCAGAUCAAAUUCUUGCUAUUAAUGGGCAAGCCCUUGAUCAGACCAUAACACAUCAACAGGCUAUCGGCAUCCUACAGAAAGCCAAAGAUAGUGUCCAGCUAGUUGUGGCAAGGGGCUCUUUGCCUCAGCUCAUCAGUCCCAUAAUUUCUCGAUCUCCGUCAGCUGCUAGUACAAUUUCAGCCCAUUCAAACCCGGUACAUUGGCAGCAUGUGGAGACUAUUGAGUUGGUGAACGAUGGAUCGGGUCUGGGAUUUGGGAUAGUAGGAGGAAAAUCAACUGGAGUGAUAGUUAAAACCAUCCUUCCAGGCGGAGUAGCUGAUCGGCAUGGUAGACUGUGCAGUGGAGACCAUAUUUUGAAAAUUGGUGAUACAGACCUGACUGGAAUCAGUGGUGAGCAGGUGGCACAAGUCCUGAGGCAAUGUGGAAACCGCGUCAAGUUGGUGAUAGCCAGAGGUCUAAUUGAGGAGGCCGCUCCAUCAACAGCAGCUUCUUUGGGUACUCCAGUGCAAACGUGUAUGAUGGAAAACAAGAAAUUGGAAGAUACACCAAUUGAGAGUGUUGAAGAUGGGAACACAUUUGAUGUGGAGCUUACAAAAAAUUCUCAAGGGUUAGGAAUAACAAUUGCUGGCUACAUUGGGGAUAAAAUAUCAGAACCUUCUGGUAUUUUUGUAAAAAGUAUCACAAAAGACAGUGCAGUUGAGCAUGAUGGUAGAAUCCAUAUUGGAGAUCAAAUUAUUGCUGUGGAUGGAACCAAUCUUCAAGGUUUUACCAACCAGCAAGCAGUGGAGGUUUUGCGACAUACUGGGCAAACAGUCUAUCUGACUUUGGUCCGAAGAGGAGGCCUGAAACAGGAAAAUCACACUCAGUCUCAUGAUGACUUCAGUGAUGCUGUUGAAAAGGAUUCAAUUUUCCAAACAAUGGAUAUUGGCACAAACACAGAAAGCUGCAAAAGAGAGCAGGAUUCUCCAUUAAUGUCAUGCAGCCCCAGUGAAAUUCAUUUUGAAGAAGAUACUAAUAUACAACAAACAGAUAUUCAGCUAACAUCCCUAGAAGAAGAAAUAUUGCUGAACAAAUGGCAGAAGAUUUUGGGGAAAAAUUAUGAAGUUGUGGUGGCGGAUGUGAACAAGUUUAGUGAAAGCAGCGGACUGGGGAUUAGCUUAGAAGCUACAGUGGGACAUCAUUUUAUUCGGUCUGUUUUGCCUGAAGGGCCUGUUGGACGAUGUGGCAGAUUGUACAGUGGAGAUGAAUUACUAGAAGUAAAUGGACAAUCUUUGCUUGGAGAGAAUCACAAGGAUGUUGUAAAUAUUUUAAAAGAGCUUCCUAUCAAUGUAAGAAUGGUGUGCUGUCGUGCGGUUCCACCUGUUACUGAGGCAGCAUUGGAUGAGACUCAUAUGUUAGAGCAGUCUCAUAUAGACCUUGGUGGACUCCUUGCUGCUUCAGAGACAGACGAUGCUAAACUGGAAAUAGCUAACAUAAGUCAGAAUACUGAAGAAGUGCAAGGAUCUCCUCUGGCAAUGUGGGAGACAGAAAUACAACAAAUUGAGCUGGAGAAAGGCAGCAGAGGUCUUGGCUUUAGCAUAUUGGAUUAUCAGGACCCAGUGGAUCCCGCAAAUACAGUGAUUGUGAUUCGUUCUCUUGUUCCUGGGGGCAUUGCUGAGCAAGAUGGCCGGCUCCUCCCAGGAGACAGGCUUAUGUUUGUCAAUGAGAUCAGUUUGGAAAAUGGUAGCCUGGAGGAAGCUGUACAGGCCCUGAAAGGAGCACCUUUGGGAAUGGUGAAAAUAGGAGUCGCCAAGCCAUUGCCUCUUUCACCAGAAGAGGGCUAUGUUUCUGCUAAGGAAGAUUCCUUUUUCUACACUGCCCAGUCCUUUGAGGAGGAAGGGCUAACCGAUUCAGCCCUCUUCCAUGCUGAGCUGGCUCUGGUGGACUCAAGUGAGGCAGAUGUAAUAGAAGACUGUACCAUGGGAUCAGACUGUUCUCCAGAUAAUGAUGGUACAUUCCAGCCUUCAGCUUUAACAUUGCAUAGCGGCAUUUGUGGUGAUGAUCUGAAGCUUGCUCUUUCACUGCCCUCUUCAACUCCCAAGACUACUUUCAAAGAAGAUUCCAGCGACCCACUCAGUUACCAGUCAUCAGAUAAAAACCUGUACACAAUGGAUCUAAUACAAAGAGAGACAGAGAAUAAAUCUGCAGGUGGAUGUAUGAAACAGAUCACAGAACCUUUUCUUGUGAAUCCAACAACACAAUCUCCUAAGAGACAAGUUGAACACGAAAGCAUAAGCAUGUGGAGACAAUCUCAGCUAACACCCGAAUUUUCACAUCGUACAAAAGAUCAAGAUUUCUUGAUGGAAAAUAAUAGCUUAAUGCUUGCUGGCCUAGAUACAAAUAAAAACAAGUUGGAGAAAAUGAUUACCAUUGCAAAAGGCAAUUCAAGCCUAGGGAUGACAGUAAGUUCUAACAAAGAUGGCAUGGGAAUGAUAGUUCGCAGCAUUAUCCAUGGUGGUUCCAUAAAUCGUGAUGGACGAAUUGGUAUUGGAGACUGUAUAUUGUCUAUUAAUGAGGAACCUACUGCUAAUUUAACUAGUGCCCAAGCACGGGCCAUGCUGAGGAGGCAUUCUGUCAUUGGACCAGAUAUAAAAUCUUCUCCAACACCUGCUGAUGAUCAGGCCCCCUUUUAUGUCAUUAGCUAUGUGCCAGCAGAGCAAUUAGAAGAGUACCAAGCUGGUUUAGGGCAGCAGCCAGAAGGAACAAUGCCAUUAGAUGUUUUCCCUUCACACACUGUGAGAGAAAUUCCAGAACUACCAGAACGAGAAGAAGGAGAAGGAGAAGAAAGUGAGCUUCAGAACACAGGCUACAGUAACUGGAAUCAACCAAGACGGGUUGAGCUUUGGAGAGAGCCUAGCAAGUCUCUGGGAAUCAGCAUUGUUGGUGGAAGAGGUAUGGGAAGUCGUCUGAACAAUGGUGAAGUUAUGAGAGGAAUCUUCAUCAAACACAUCCUUGAAGACAGCCCUGCUGGCAAAAAUGGAACCUUAAAAACAGGAGAUAGAAUUGUGGAGGUGGAUGGAAUAAAUCUCAGAGAUGCAAGCCAUGAGCAAGCAGUGGAAGCCAUUCGAAGAGCAGGCAACCCAGUAGUCUUCACAGUACAGAGCAUUAUAAGCAAACCAAGGCCAAUAUCUCUUUAUGGCUCUUUAGCAUCCUCUGCUCCUGGUGGGCAGAAAUUUAAUAAUCCAUUUUACCAUCAGUCAUCACAGAAUUUCCCAAUGCCUUAUCUGCAGUCCAAUCCUUUCACUAAGCCUCCUGCCUUCAGCAGCACUAACCCUUUUGUUGAUCCUCUGCAGUUCAACACUAACAAGGCAUCCAGUCAGUCAGAUUCAGAGCCAGAAAAAAAAUCAUCCUGUAAUCUGCCCUUGCCUCCUCCUUCAGUAUUUCCAGCAAUGAGCAAUGAAAUUGUGCUGCAGUCCUCUAACAAUCACCUGGAAGAUUUGGAUAAGGAGGAUGAGUUUGGAUACAGCUGGAGGAAAAUCAGUCACCAGUAUGGGAAUCUGUCAGGAGAUCUGCACGUGAUAGAACUGGAGAAAGGGAAGACUGGAUUAGGACUCAGCCUAGCUGGGAACAAAGACAGAUCCAAGAUGAGUGUCUUUGUAGUGGGCAUUGAUCCAAAUGGAGCAGCUGGAAGAGAUGGCAGGCUGCAGAUUGGAGACGAGUUACUGGAAAUAAAUGGACAAGUCCUGUAUGGAAAAACACAUCAGAAUGCAUCUUCAAUCAUCAAAUGUGCGCCUUCUAAAGUAAAAAUAAUCUUUAUCCGAAACAAAGAUGCUGUCCAUCAGAUGGCUAUUUCUCCUGGUAAAUCACUGGUAUCAGCAUCUUCGUCUUCAGGGAUGGUUCAGCAUGAAGAGGGGGAAGUGAACAUUUCAAGCUCUAAUUUACCAAUAGAUCUGACUUUAUAUAAGAAUGUUCAAAAUGUGGAAUUACCUAAGGAUCAAGGUGGCAUAGGUAUUGCUAUUGGUGAAGAAGAUACACUUAAUGGUGUAGUUAUUCAGAACUUAACAGAUCAUGGUGCAGCAGGAAAGGAUGGCCGAAUUAAGGUUGGAGAUCAAAUUCUAGCAGUGGAUGAUGAAGUUGUGGUGGGCUAUCCUAUAGAAAAGUUUAUCAGUUUGCUGAAAACAUCAAAGCCCAAUGUAAAACUCACUAUUAGUUCAGUGGAACCGGAAGGUCUGGCAGUUUCCCAGCCACUGUUGUCAACUUACAGCACCACUUUGAGCGAGGGAACUGAUAUCCAGCCAGUACCAAUUGUUCCAUCAUCUGAGUCACCAGAACCAGAGUUAAUUAAAAAUGCAAGCAGGCCUUCAACUCCAGCUAUGUUAGCUUCUGACCCAGCCACUUGUCCAAUAAUCCCAGGUUAUGAAACAACAAUCAGUAUCUCCAAGGGACGUACUGGUCUAGGGUUGAGCAUUGUGGGAGGAGCUGACACAUUACUGGGAGCAAUUAUUAUCCACGAAGUAUAUGAAGAAGGAGCAGCAUCCAAAGAUGGAAGACUCUGGGCUGGUGAUCAAAUCUUAGAGGUGAAUGGUAUUGACCUAAGGAAUGCAACGCACGAUGAAGCUAUCAAUGUUCUCAGACAGACACCACAGAAAGUCCGUCUGACUGUUUACAGGGAUGAAGCCCAAUAUAAAGAAGAAGACAUGUAUGAUGUUUUGAGUAUUGAAUUACAAAAGAAACCAGGCAAAGGACUUGGAUUAAGUAUUGUUGGAAAAAGAAAUGACACUGGAGUGUUUGUGUCGGACAUUGUCAAAGGAGGUUUAGCAGAUCUGGAUGGAAGGUUAAUGCAAGGAGACCAGAUACUAAUGGUGAAUGAUGAAGAUGUUCGAAAUGCUAACCAGGAGACAGUGGCGGCCUUAUUAAAGUGUUCAUUAGGUGUUGUUAAACUAGAAGUUGGAAGAAUAAAGGCGAGUUCGUUCCAUUCAGAGAGGAGAAUGUCUCAGAGCAGCCAGGUCAGUGAAGGAAGUGGCAGCCUGACAUCAUUCAGUUUCCCAGGUGGUGGUUCCAACCCGCCUGAAAGUUAUGAAAGCACUUUGAAGAAGAAUUGUUUGGCAUCUGAAAUACAAGGAUUGAGAACAGUUGAAAUAAAAAAGGGUCCUUCAGAUUCUUUGGGAGUUAGUAUUGCUGGAGGAGUAGGAAGCCCUCUUGGUGAUGUUCCCAUUUUUAUAGCCAUGAUGCAUCCAAAUGGAGUUGCAGCACAAACCCAGAAAUUGAGGGUUGGAGACAGGAUUGUAAGCAUUUGUGGAACAUCUACUGAAGGCAUGACUCAUUCCCAGGCUGUCAGUUUGCUGAAGAAUGCUUUGGGCGCCAUUGAAUUACAGGUUGUAGCUGGUGGAGAUGUCAGUGUCAUAACUAGCCAACAGCAGGAUCCACCAACAUCUAGUCUAACAUUUUCUGGUCUAACAUCAAGCAGCAUCUUUCAGGAUGAUUUGGGGCCCCCUCAAUACAAAACCAUCACUCUGGAUCGAGGACCUGAUGGCUUGGGCUUUAGCAUUGUAGGUGGAUACGGAAGUCCUCAUGGAGAUCUGCCCAUUUAUGUUAAGACCGUAUUUGCAAAGGGCGCAGCAGCAGAAGACGGGCGCCUUAAAAGAGGGGAUCAGAUCAUUGCAGUCAAUGGGCAGAGCUUGGAAGGGGUCACCCACGAGGAAGCUGUCGCUCUUCUAAAAAGAACAAAAGGAACUGUGACUUUGACUGUUCUCUCUUAAGUCUUGUCUCCAAAGAUUAGAUGGGACUUUGUUUGCUGCCAGGCUGUUUUUAAUCAGGGGUGAAAAAAACGAAUGGUAUUAUUUUUAUCCAUGGUUAGACAUAUCGUUGAAUUACAGAGACUGGCUUCCGUAGGAUAAGAAAGUGACAAAAUUUGAAAGCGGUAGUAAUAAAAUCAGAGUAGGGAAAAGUGGAAAUGGAAAGGGGAAAAUGUCUGGUGUGAUAACCUGGUGGUGCAUGUUGUGUGAUUGAGGUGGGAUUUGUAAUGGAGAAUUCUGGAACUCUAACCUCUGGAAGACUCAAAAUUUUGGCUAUUGGUUAGCCAGGGUUAAGCUCUCAAAUGUAUAUAUUCAUUUGAUUCAAUUUUAUUAACAUCCCUGUGCCCAACAUGAGAUCUGAGACAAACUGUUUUCUGGAAUAAAGUGUUUUUAAAGUGGAAAGAAAAAGAAAGAAAGGAAAGAAAGGAAAGAAAGAAAGAAAGAAGGAAAGUUUUCUGAUCCUUCAUAGAACUAUUAAACUGAGUUCAUGAUCUUCAUGUUCUUUCUUAAAUAGGGACAUUUCGUUAGGAGACAGGACAUAUGUGGUAGUAAUGCCUAACUGUUGCAGAGUCCCUGGGAGAAGAAUAUUCUUUCUCUUCUUUCUUUGUGGGGUCAUCAGCAAUGAUAAGCAAAUCUUUCACAGUCAAGACUACAAAUUGCCUUUCAUCACUGCAAUAUAUCUCAUUUUCACAAAUGACCUAAGAAUUAUUGAUGGAAAGAUCGAUCCCAAAUUCUGGCUUCUAAAAACACAUUUUAAUAUUUCCAGUGCUUGAUUGCAACAAAAAGAAAGUGAAAGCUUGACCCACUGAUUUUAAACCACCUAAUUAAAAACAUUAUGAUAUUUAACUUAGAAUAUUUGGUAGUUUUUGAUAUGGAUGCUUGCGUAACAGGUUAGUAAAAAAUGGUCUCAAGCAGUUCUCAUACAGCAAAUAAAGACACAGAUCCAACAUCCUUCUUCCCAGACUUUGAAGGCUGUGCAGAAGACAAAAACUGUUUUUACUCCAGGUAGUCCUUGACUUACGACCACAAUUGAGCCCAAAAUUUCUGUUGCUAAGUGAGACAUUUGUUAAGUGAGUUUUUGCCACAUUUUACGACUUUUCUUGCCUCAGUUGCUAAGUGAAUCACUGCAGUUCAUAAGUUAGUAACCCGAUAGUUAAGUGAACCUGGUUUCCCCAUUGGCUCUGCUUGUCAAAAGGUAACAAAAGCUGAUCACGUGACCUUGGGACACAGCAAUGGUCAUAAGUAUGAACCAGUUGCCAAGCAUCUGAAUUUUGAUCACAUGAUCAUGGGGGUGCUGGAAAUGUAAUUGUAAAAAAUGGUCAUAAGUCACUUUUUUCAGUGCUGCUGUAACUUUGAAUGGUCGCUAAGCAAACUCUUGUAAGUCGAGGACUACCUGCAUUUUCCUGCAGUUAAGGUCUCUACUGUUGGGUAAUCCUUUGAGCUGACUUACGAGGAGCUUGUUUUCUGUCUUGUCCCAAAGUCUGUGAGUUUUACUUUACAAAUAUAAGCCAGAGUUCUUUGGGUCACAGACCAUCUAGUGAAUUUCUUGUGAUCGAUUUGAGCCCAUAAGAUCACAAUACUAAAUGUCAGUAGUGAAUUACAGUAAACCUGAUUAUUUGUUUUUUAAAGCAAAUUUAUUAUUUGCUUUAACAGGUGUUAAUGCCCUAUGGUUGGCUUAACCUUCUCCAUUUAACAGACAUACACAACAUAUGGAUGCACAUUCAGAGACACCCAGAGGUCUUAAGAUGCCAAAACGAGACCCAGCCUUCUAUUAUUCUUUUCAAUGAUACCUUUGCUCAAUGUUUGUAAGUCUUUGGAAGCGUAGGAAACCAAUGCACGUGUGCUCACAAACAUACACACAGACAAACAGCAAGUUAAAGCAAGAGAAUGCCACACAAACACACACACGCCCUUCAACAUUUAUCAUGUUCACUUCUCUUUUUCCUAGUGACAACCACUGAUUUCAAAUUAACAGUAUUGGGUUAAGGUAGAGAAGCAUAUUAAGUCAUCCUCCAGUCUAUCCUUGCCUUAUAAUCUUAUAGGUAAUCCUUGCUUAGCGACUGACUGCCUUGUACAGCAAUGAGUUGCAGUUUAUGACAGUGAUGAAAAAGUAACUUUAUGACCAAUCCUUGCAUUUACAACUUUUGCAGGUCUGUAAAGCAAAUGAGGCUGAAGUACGAUCAUAAGCACAGUUUCUGUUUCACUUAGCGACCGCUUCACUUAAUGAACACAUUGCGGGUCUCUGUUGUGAUUACUAAACAGGGCGACCUGUAUUCUUGUGUUAUGUCAGUUUGUAAAUUGUGCAAUAGUUCAGCAGGAUUUUAAAAAUGUAGCUCAAAAUAUACUUACUGCCACUAGUUAGGAAUAAAAAAAGAAACAAAAACGAGAAAGCCAACAAGGGGAAAUUAAUUUUAAUUUAGUUUAGGGUUUGGGGUUUUUUGAGAAUUUGUUUGGCUAUGUUCUGUCUGUGCCUGCUGCUUUUAUGUGCUAAUUACUGAAAUUCUGGAAAAUACUGUUCCUUAUAACUACUCUAUUUUUUUCUUUAUUUAUAUGGGAAUGAAUACCUCAUUAAAAGACCUACUAACAUUAAUUGGGACAAUGUAUUAGAAUGUCCCUUUUUCCAGUUAUUAUCCCAAAUUAGCAUGUUGGGCUGUAAACGUAUUUAUAUUAACUUUUUUAUUUUGUUUGUGUUAACAUUUUAAGUCUAUAUCCCUGGGAUCUGCAUAUUAAAAAUACCCAAAGAAUAACACUGGGAUGUUAAAGGAAAAUGAAGAAAAAUACCAAUUUACAAGAGGAUGGUAGGAUUAUAGAACAUAAGGAUUGAAUGGGCCUUAGAGAUCAUCUAGUCCAAUCACCCGUUCAGUACAGGAGCUCCUAUUAUUAUACUUAGUAUAAUAGCUCAUUCAAACAUAUCAAAUGAAUACUGAAAAAGUAGCCCAAUUCCAAGCAUAGUUUACUUUUUAAAACUCCUAAAUGAAACAAACUUUGGUUACAGUCCUGUGUUCAAGUACCUGAAAAAAAUUGCAUUGUGGCUUAUAUAUAUGGAGUAUGUUUGUACUGCUGUUCUCUGGUUCUUGAAAAGGUCUGUAGGUCAGAGCGUGAAGGGAAAUCACCCAACAAAUGAUGGAACAGGGAUUUCCCCCCCCCCAAACCAAAAAAAUAAAAGCAUUCAAAUAAGGCUGCCAGGAUUCAAAGUAAUAGACCCAUAGCAAGCAAAACUCCGAGGCAGAUGGAUUCCUCAAAGAAUAGCUUUAUUGGCUUUAUCAUAUUGGCACAAAUCUGGUGAAACCCGACUCUGAAGAUUCCCGCCUUUUAAUUCACCUAAUUAAAAGUAAAAGUUUUCCCUCAACCCCAAACAAUCAGUCACACGGUCCAAUCAAGACGCUGUCUGGUUGUUUGGUGACCUCACUCCUCCUUCCUCAGGCCAGGUGUGAGAACGUCCUUGGUUCCCAAGAGAAAGUAUUUUAUUGUGGCUACAAAACCCCAGCUAUCUCUAAUUCCCCCCUUCCUAUACCUCAGCUCCAGUGUGGCAACACUGAAGCUCCAAGUUGGCUUCGGUCAGGUCAGCUUCAGGGUUGACAGAGGCUACAAGUAAAACAGGAUAGCAUUUUGCAGAGGACUUAAUUUCUUUCUUCCAAUUGUCUUACCAAGAAAAACGCCCCUUCCUUUCUCCUUCCCUCCCUUUCAAGAAGCCCACCCUUCAGGAAACCAUAUAAGCCAGGGGUCUCCAACCUUGGCAACUUUUAAGACUUGUGGAUUUCAACUCCCAGAAUUCCUCUGGGAGUUGAAGUCCACAAGUCUUAAAGUUGCCAAGGUUGGAGACCCCUGAUAUAAGCUAUUAACUAUUUCAUAAUUGCUGCUGAAUGAAUCAUAGAGUCCAUUUCAACCUAAGCAAACCUGAUUUAGAAAAACUAUGAGAGAUACCAGUACAGGCAGUCCUCUACUUACAACCACAACAAUUGUUUCCAGAAUUUCCAUUGCAAAGCAAAGUGCUUGUUAAGUGAGUUGUGCCGGAUUUUACAACCUCCCCCACCCCCCUCCCCCACAGUUAAGUGAAUCCGAGAGUCCUUAAGCAAAUUCAGCUCCCCCCAUUGACUGCCCUCUGGGAAGGUCACAAAUGACAAUCACCUGAUGCUGUAACUGUUGUACAUACAUGCCGGUUGCUGAGCACCCAAAUUUUGAUCAUGUGACCAUGGGGGUGCUGUGAUGGUCAUUAUGCGCAAUGACCAGUCGUACCUUUUUUCAGCGCCCUCGUAACUUUGGACGAUCACUAAAUGAAUGUUUGUAAGUGGAGGACUGUAACAUCUUCAGAAUAAGAGUCUGUCAGGUGAUUUUAGAAAGCAGAAAUUCAGGAGGGGUUUAGGGGCACCUUUUCACACUCAGCACAUUUAUAAAAAGGCAUAAGCAUCUGAUGAUGCAGCCGCUGAUGAAGGGACCAAUAAUUUACAAAAUCUCACGCCUUUUCAUGAAGUGUAUUGGUCUGAAAAAGUGCUAUCAAGACCUCUUUUGAUUUUGGGCUACCAAAGGCUAACACAGCUUAUUCUCAUACAGUGUCUUAGAGUGGUAGAAAUUCAGUGCAGUUUUGGUUCAACAGGAAUUCUUGAUAUCAUUAGUUGACAUUCGGAUAUAUAGAGAAAAAGCUUCCAUCAGUUACUAUUACUGGCAAUCUGUGUUGGAUUCUAGUCCUGUAUGCAUUAACAGUAUUGUAGAGCAGAGUGUCCAACCUUGGCAAAAUUAAGACUUAUGGAUUUCAACGCUUAGAAUUUCCCAGCCAGCCAUGCUGGCUAGGGAAUUUUGAGAAUGAAGAAGGCUUAAAGUUGCCAGGAUCGGACACCCCUGGGUGUAGAGCAUGUGAUACCUAUGUGCAACCACUUAAAACCUCCUCUAUAUUUGUAACAGAUGUAGUAUACAGAUAUUUUAUUAUUUUUUUAAAUUUUUUCUCUGCAGUAUUAGCUUGAUAAAUGUGAAGUUAUUUGUGGUAAACAAAUAAAAGGUUAAACGUA